GUCUUUCAACACCGAUUUCAAUGGACUUUGACGCCCAAGAGUCCUCUGGAUAAGGUACUGUGUGUUGUGUCCUCUCAGGCUCCGCCAGAUACAAUUCAAAUCACCUCCGACCGCCACGACAUCCCUGGUUGUUUCUGAAUAUAAAACGCAAAGGCCAAGUAUGGCAUCGGGAUUGAUCAUGAUCCAUUCUCUGACCAGGUGAUCGCUGUGGAGGACAUUUCAGGAUAAUAACUCGGGGGCAUUGACAUGUCUAGCGAAGACAUCACAGCUUAAAACCGUACGAAGAACCACAAAGAUUUCAAACACCACAGUCGCACCAUUCUCAGUAAACCAUGCUCACCCUCCCCAUCAACAUGUCUACUCAAGGCAUUCUCCUCUUGGCUGUCAUCGCCAACACUAUUGUCCUCCUGGUCAUUCUCUUUCUAGUCCGACUCUCCAUGAUCCUGUCUCGGCAACGACCACCACGAACCCGUCCACAAGCAUCCACAGAGCAUCCAACCCAUCUCCUCGUCGUUCUAGGCUCAGGGGGACACACCGCAGAAAUGAUCAACAUUCUGUCCUCAAUACCCAAUCUCAACCGCCUGUUCACUCAUCGUACCUACGUUGUAAGCUCGGGCGACUCAUUCUCAGCCCAGAGAGCGCACGACUUCGAAAACCAGCUCAGCUCGAGGGACAAGAAUCCAUCCCCUUCGUCGUCGUCAUCUUCUUCUUCAUACACAAUCGCUACCAUCUACCGCGCCCGUAAGAUCCAUCAACCUCUCCUCACCACGCCAUUCAGCUCCUUGAAAUGUCUAAAGGAUAGUCUCCAAGUCCUGCGUCAACAUGAUCUCUAUCCAGACCUCAUCUUGACCAACGGACCAGGCACCGGCGUCAUCGUCGUGCUUGCAUCCAUCAUCCUCUUAUUCUUCGGACUUCAUGGACCUGUAGUUUCCCAUGCAUCAUCGGUAUCAGCAUCAGCAUCGCCACCACAAUCCUCCCACCCAACGGGUCGCAUGCGCUCCAUCUAUAUCGAAAGCUGGGCCCGUGUACGCACAUUGAGUCUCAGUGGUCGGAUUCUCAAGCCUCUGGUCGAUCGCUUCCUUGUCCAGUGGCCGCAGUUGGCGGUAUCCGAAGAUGAUGGGGUUGGUGUUCAAUUAGACUCGACAUCGCCCAAGCCGGAAUUUGUGCCGGCCAAGGCAGAAUUCAUUGGUCCACUUGUUUCAUGAAUACAGUACACGAUAUCCGGAUCAUGUGGUGAGUUUGAGACUGGAAUGAUAAUGUGACAUAGAGAAGAGAUAGAUGAAAUGUAAUAUUAUAAGUUUGUG